AUGGAAGUUCUGGGAUUGGUUACGGAUCGGAGAGAUGGUGAUGGAGAUGGAAAGGUUAGGAAAGAGGAUGAGGAGGAGGAGGCGGAGGAGAGGAAGGAAGAAAGAGUGACGAUGGCGGAUGAGAUGGUGGUGGUGAUUAUGGUGAUGGAUGGUUUUUGGCCGAUCCAGUAUUUUUCCCUCUCUGGUCACUUUCUAUCCGUUUUCCCCCUUUGCCCAACUCUUCUUUCCUGUCUGGUCUUGUUCGUCGUGUCCGCCCAUCCGAAACACGCUCGUCGCGGUAGUAUAUCCUAUAACUAUGUCUGUAAGCCAUUGGAGGCAAUUCAACUUGCACGACGUAAAAAUUUCAACGGACCUCCGUCAUGA